AUGUCUGAACACAGGAAACAUUCUAGGAUCUCGGUGAUGCAAAUGUUUCAUGAGCUCAAACAGCAAUUUCCUACAGUUCCAGAUCAAGUAGUUUCUGAUUGUAUACUCAAGCAUUCAACUAAUCGAGAAGCGUGUGUAUCAAAUCUAAAAAGUGUUCAGAAAAAUUACGUUCAACAAACUUAUCCAUCUGAUAUUGUAGAUAAAAUGGCGAACAGACCCAAAACUCUUGAAAUGUCACCAAACAAUCUUUCCUUGCCUAAAUUACAAUUUUCAAAUAGACCACAUCAGUUUGAUGAUUCAAAGGAUUUAAUAAAUACAAAUAGAAGUGAUAUAGAUGACACACAUAUUUUAGACGUAGAUUUUAAUAUAAAUAGAUGUCAAUGUUCAUCUAUUUCGGCACCAUCAACUCCUUCACAGCGACAUCAAGGAGAGCAUAGACACAAAUCUUGUCUUUCAUUAGAUUCUGUGCCAUUUGUUGAUACACAGUGCCGGCCAUUCACUUCUGUAAGUCUCACCUUGAGAACACCUACUAAAGAUCCUCUACCUCCGUUAGAUUUAUCAGCUGGUGGAGGUUCUGAACUCACUUAUACAGCUUGUUCAUUUGAUCCAACUACUGAUCCUAAAAAUUGUUAUCAAUCAAGACUUCAUAUAAGUAUUGACCCUGAAGGUGAAACAACUGUAACUACUUCUCGUGUUAUGGUAUCCCCUACAAAUAUUAAAUCUAUUAAUCGGAUGACUGAAAUUCAAAUUCCUGGAUCAGUUCAAAUUGAUAAUAUUUUACCGAAAACUAAAAUGGUAAUAAAUGCUCAAUUAGAACGGAAGCAGAAGUUAGCUUUAGAAUUAUCAGCAGAAAAACAAAGACUAGAAAUUAUGAAAAAAAAUGUGGCAUUGAUGGAAGAAGAUAUUUCUAAAAGGCGUUCGUAUUCCAGAAAGAUUGAACGUUUAAGGAAUGAUGUUGAAUUAUUACGAUUAGAAUGUAACAAAUUAACUGUUCAAGUAGAUACAGUUACGGAGAAUCGAGUUCCAUCAGAAGAAACAAAUAAACAAUUUUAUAACAAAAUUUAUACUGGACAAAAGGUGUCUUUUGGGAAAAUGCACAAAGAAUAUCGAGAACAUUCAGAAACCCAAAACUGGGUUUGUCCUAUGUGCACAUUCCAAAAUCAUCCAAUAUUGCCAAGAUGUGAACAGUGUGAUAUGGCUCGUUUCGAUCUAGGAAAACCACAGCCGUAUCCUGGAAAUAUUCAUGUAAGAGUUACUCAUCGAUUAAAUCAUCAGAGGAAAACUACAAGUUUGUAUUGA